GCCCGUGGGUGCAGAUCCAGACCAACUCCCUGUGAUAAACCACCACGAUAGCUACUCCAACGGGCAAAAUUAUUUGCUUCCAAUCCGACGACACGCACAUAUUCCACCAUCGCAAGGGUCUCGGCUGAAUGCACCACCCUUGCAAUGGCAGGCAUCACAUCGGCUCCGUCUAUUCGACCUGCCUGACUCCGCCGGAUGCCGCCCAAUGCGAAGCAAACAUAUCACUGUCUGUCUGCAACCGUCUACCCUCCAUGAAAAGCGAACGGCAGACCGCAUAUUGCGAUGCGGCUCAAAGGACAGAGAUGGAUACCCAACACGGCGCCUGGGUCCAGAUAUGAAAGCAGGCGCUAUGUCCCGCUGUUUGUGUGGAGAUGAGUAUAGACACGCAUGAUUACUAGAAGUGUUUUUGAGGCAGAUCAAUAUGGAAGGAACCACCACAGUCAUCACGGUCAGCAACCACACCGGAGUGGGAAGAAACGAGACAUUCAACGCCGUCAUCGACAAAACAAUCUCUGCGAACGCGAUCUCCCAAAAACGCCUUAAUGACCUAUGUGAGAAACUGCAGGUGACACCAAGUGAGCUGGGCAGGGACAAAACGUUCGUGGACUCCUACGGUGUUGUGUACACUGCACGUAGCAAGGUGCGUCUGCUGGCCAGACCACGGGGCGGAAGACAUACUUCCGUCUUCGACUUCUACGUUGUAGAUACGGGCCGGUAUGAUGUUCUGCUUGCGAGAGGGUGGAUGGAUAAAUUCCCUACGAAGCAUCCGGGGGAGCACAUCGCGGCGCCGACGGAGCUUAUAAAUAACGGUCCUGCUCAAGCAAAGGCAGAGGAGGAAUUAAAGAAGCAUCUGGAGGAAGCUGCAAAGGCGCAGGCUGCAUUUGACAAGCGCAGGAAGGAGCAACAAGCAAAGUAGAAGCAGGAUUGUAUACUCGGUGCUAUUCAUGCUGUGUAUCGAGAUUUAAGGAGUAUCUACUGUUUCAGAAUUCUCCAGGGAACAUUGCAUUUCGUACAUAUCUCAACCAGAUUUUCUCCAAGUCGCUAUCAC